GAAGCGGGGCGGCCGCUCGAAGCUGGAGCGCUCAUCUCUGUGUUCUAUCGCGCGUCUUUGACUCUUGACAUAAAAAUAAAAAAAAAUAAAAAACUUUGAAGAGGUGGGGAGAGAAACGUCAAAAACGCCAAUAAAUCACCGCUGCUACUAUAAAGAGAAAGAGGGGGGAACAAGAAAAGAACCAUCAAGUCCGACCAACCGCGCUGGAUCCUGGAGCCAGAGGGAGCUAUGCCAUCUCCCGCCGCGCACUCUCCACUCCUCCAGUGUUGUGCGUCGGAGCUGCAGCAUGGUGUCUGUGUCUGGACUCUGGACCUACUGCCUCGCCCCCGGGAGACGACCUCUCCUCUUCCACUCUGCCAGACUGCUCCUGCUGCUCCUCUUACUGACCGUCAUCUCCUCCCCGGAGCCCUGCCUCCCGCACCCGCAGCCCUGCCACAUCCUCGCCCGGAUAGGACAUACCGUGCGCCUCGGUGCGCUCUUGCCGACCCGUCAGCCGGCACGGAUACAAAACGCGCUCAACCGCGCCCUGGCCAGCCUCCGGCACCAAAGCGGCGGAGGGUCGGACUCCUCGGCGACAACCUCCCAAAGUCCUCCUCCGCUGCUCCCGUACAACCUGAGCCUGGAGAUGGUGGCUCGGUCGCCCUCGGGAGGAGACCCGGAGUCGUUGUCCCGUAGUGCCUGUCAGGACCUGGUGGUCAGGGGGGUGUCCGCCGUGCUGGCUUUCCCCCGCAGCAGAGAGGAGUUGAUCCAGGUGGAGUUCCUCUCAUCUUUCUUGGAGAUCCCCUUCAUCUCCAUCCUGGAGGACACAGAACCGCUUCGGACCAAGAACCGGUUCCACCUGCAGAUGUCAGCCCGAGUGCCUCCAUCAGCCCUGGGCAGCCUGCUGCUGGCGGUCCUGCGGGGCGGAGAUGGCGAAAGGGACAGAGGAAGCCGAGGCGAAGGCAGCUGGGGAGGAGCAGCUGUGAUCUGCCCCGGGUGGGAGGAAGGAGGCGAAGGGUUGCUGUCUCACCUGCAGAUGCACAGCGGCUCGGCCUGGCAUUUGUGGGACAUAAUCAACCUGACCCACGUCUCGGGGGGCGGAGAUCGAAGAGGGGAAGCCAGUGAGGAGAGGAGGGAGGAUCAGAGGGAAGAAGAGGCUUUGAGGAUCUUCUCCACACGACUCCUGCGCUCCCCCUCCCCUAUCUCUUCUGUCCUCCUCCUUGGCUCUGACCCUGAGUGUCUCUCCUCUGUUUUACGUGCCGCUCAACGUCUCGCAACAUCACUACCGGCGCUGCAGUGGAUCAUGGGAUACCCCUUGUCUCCAGACUCACUACACACUUUGGGAGGUCCCCUGGGAUUGUUAGCCUACGGGGAGGUGGGCCGUAAGCCUCUCAGCUUCUAUAUUCGGGAUGCUUUGUAUUUGAUUAGCCGUGCUGUCAGUGCUGCAACCCUGGUGAGGCCGGACUUGGCACUGAUUCAGAACAUGGUGAACUGUUACGACAAACCAAACCGACAUGAGCUCCCCUCCUCAGGACAAUAUUUGGCCAGGUUUCUCUCCAAUACUUCCUUCACUGGUGCCACUGGCCUGAUCCAAGUGGAUGCUGGUCUAUCUCGAGUCCUUUCCUCCCAGCUGUUCCAUGUUUGGAGCCUGAAGAGGGGCGCUCUGGGCCAGCCGGCAUGGGUGACUGUGGGCCAGUGGACCCGCGGCAGCCUGGAAUUAGAAGGGGGGGUCCUGGGGUUGGUGGGAGGCUUUGGCAGCAGCCAGGGCCAAGGUCUUGGAGCAGGUGUUAGAGGGGGGGACGGCCAGGGGGACGGCCACGUGGGAGGACGAUGGAGGCCCGGAUUAUCCGUGGAGGGUCACCGCCUGAGAGUGGUGACGCUAGUGGAGCAUCCCUUUGUGUUCACACGGGAGGUGGAUGAGGACGGUCUGUGUCCAGCUGGUCAGCUCUGUCUGGACCCCAAAACCAACCGCUCAGAUAUAAUCAACAGCCUCUUCAACCAGCUGCACAACCCAAACUCCACCGCUGUAGACCUGGACAGCAUUGACCUGCCGGAGGACCUGAGGAAGUGCUGCUAUGGGUACUGCAUCGACCUGUUGGAGAAACUGGCGGAGGACAUGGGUUUCACCUUCGACCUCUACAUUGUCGGAGAUGGGAAGUACGGGGCGAUGAGCGGGAGCGGACGCUGGACAGGGCUGGUCGGGGAUCUGCUGAGCGGAACCGCUGACAUGGCUGUCACUUCUUUCUCCAUCAACUCUGCCAGGAGCAGAGUCAUCGAUUUCACCUCGCCCUUCUACUCCACCAGCCUGGGCAUUCUGGUACGUAGUCGAGACACUGCAGCCCCCAUCGGAGCCUUCAUGUGGCCUCUGCACUGGUCCAUGUGGGUGGGCAUCUUCGUCACGUUGCAUCUCACCGCCCUCUUCCUCACCCUGUACGAGUGGAACAGUCCCUUUGGCAUGACACCGCACGGCAGGAACAGACUGCGUGUGUUCUCAUACUCCUCCGCCCUCAACCUCUGCUACGCCAUCCUGUUUGGACGAACCGUUGCCACAAAGACUCCGAAAUGCUGGACGGGCCGUUUCCUGAUGAACCUGUGGGCCAUAUUCUGUCUGCUGGUUCUGUCCAGCUACACGGCCAACCUGGCUGCAGUCAUGGUUGGGGAGAAGACCUUCGAGCAGGUCUCUGGAAUUCAUGACGACAAGCUGCACCAUCCCUCCCUGGGAUUCCGAUUUGGGACGGUGAGGGAGAGCAGCGCCGAAGAUUACAUGAAAAAGAGCUUCCCCGAAAUGCACGACUACAUGAGACGCUUCAACCAGCCCACAACUCCCGAGGGCGUCCAUAUGUUGAAGACAGAUCCUCCUGCCCUGGAUGCGUUUAUCAUGGACAAAGCCCUGCUGGACUUUGAGGUCUCCAUCGAUGCAGACUGCAAACUGCUCACUGUGGGGAAGCCGUUCGCCAUUGAAGGCUACGGUAUAGGCCUACCCCAGGGCUCACCUCUUACCCGUAACGUGUCCGAGUUUGUGAGUCGCUACAAGUCAGACGGCUUCAUGGACAUGCUACAUGACAAAUGGUACAAGGUUGUGCCCUGUGGGAAGCGAGUCUUUGCCGUCACUGAGACUCUACAGAUGGGGAUCCAGCAUUUUUCAGGCCUGUUUGUGCUGUUGUGUAUGGGGGUGGGCGGAGCCUUGCUGACCUUGGCAGGUGAACACACCUUCUAUCACCUGGUUAUCCCCCGCCUCCGACGUGCAAACUCUCUACAGUAUUGGCUGCACACCAGCCAGAAAAUCCACCGAGCCCUCCACACCACAUAUCAGGACGUGGGGAAGGAGCUGACUGGACUUGAUCAAAACCCGUCCUCUUGCAUCUCAGAGAACUGUACUCUACAUCGGAAACAGCACCAGCCUCCUCCCCCCUCUCCUCCCACAUCCCUCCCUGCUUCGACCACAGCUGGAGACACAGUUGCCUCUUCGCCAUCACAGGAGCCCAAGGAGAAACGUGUGCACUUUGACCUGGAAACGCUUCACAGUUACCGCCUGCGCACACACACCGCCUCGGUGCGUGGCAGGCCCGGGAUGGUGGGUCGUCCCGGGCUAGGCCUCGGAGGCUUGGGGCUGGGCAGCCUGGGCAGUUUUACCUCCCCUUCGCAGAUCACCCUCCACGCUAACGGGGGCCCCGUCUCAGCUCUGGCCUCCACAGGCUUGGUCCUCUCUCCGCUGGGGAGCAGGGUGGCUCAGACCAGCCUGUGGGAGGGGGAGCUCCAGGAGCUGCAGGGGAAGAUAGAGACGUUCCGGACCCAACUGAGAGAGGCUCUGGCCAGGAGAGCAGAGAUCCAGAGCAGCCUGGAGAGAGAGAAGAGUGGACUAGUGCGCAGGGACACCAGUUUAGAAAGGGAGAGACAGAGGAUACAAACUAUUAACACUGACAGAAGCAGUUCCACCCAGCCAAAACUCCCUGACAGAGACAGGACCAGCCAACUGCAAACGCUGAACAAUCAACAGACAGGGAGGGCUAACCAAUCAGGCGGUCCGGGGACUCUGGAGCACGGGAGGAACAGCCAGUUAAACACACUUAACACUUUGGACAGAGGGAGACCCAACGAAGUACGCUCCGUCAACACUUUGACAGGUGAAAGAACUGUCCAGUCACGCACUUCUUCUAGUUUAGAACGAAGUCGAGUCAACCAACCAGGGGCUGGAAAUGUAACUGUCCAAUCACGGAACACUUCUAGCCUGGACAGACAGAAAGCGAACUUAGCACGUACUCUGAACACUUUGGAGAGGACAAAAGCCAGUCCAUCAAGUGGAAGCAGGACCUGAUUGAAGGAUAACCAGGGGACGUUAGACCUAGAUUCUGCAUCAUAGCCGUGGGAAGUGUUCCAGUAGGAAUGGUUCAGGUCCGGCAGGACUGAAAACUGAUAGUGCAUUAACUCCUCAUUACAUGCCAUUUCACUGCAAUCUAAUGAUUUUUAUUCUCAGAAUUAAUUUUGCUUAUACUCUAAAAGAAUAUAACCACAGCCCAGUAUAUUGAAAAGCAAAGACAUCAACAUUUGAGCCAUUAUGGGUAAGUUUGCUAUUGGAAAAUCACAGGUUUUCGUGUGAAGUCACAGGAAACUAUAAAUCAGUGGCUGUCAGCUCACAAACAGAGGCUUGCAGAUAAAAGGAACUAAGAGAUUUAUUGGCUGACUUGUAGUGAAAACCACUUGAACUAAGACCAGACCAGAUACACAAAAAGGGUACAUGGCAAUCAACUUUUGUGCAUAGUUCCAUGACAAAAUGAUUGCUAUCGUAGGAUAUUGUCAAAAAUAUUUCUUUCCAUGACUGUGAAAUAGAAGGGGACAAGUGUAUCAAACGGUCAAUGUGGAAAAGACUAAGUGACUGAGUUGUCAGUCGCUAACAUUGUGAUGUCACUUUAGCAGUGAAAUAGCUUUUUGUUGGCUGCCUGUCUUGUCAUUACUUAUAUCGACCCAAAAUGACAAUUCGGGGAAAACUAUUCCUCUCCGUUCAGUCUCUCACCAAGCCACCACAGCGACAGUGGCAUUCCUAAAUACAUACUGAACUUAAUAUAUAUAAACAAAUUUAUGCUAGCCAGCUAUAAUAGCUAGCUUGUGUGCCUGGCUGAGUGGCAAACAGCCUGAAAGCAUUGCUCCGAAACAUUUCACAGUUAACGUUAGCAGUCAGCUUCUGUACGAAAACUGUUCAGAAAUGUCUUAUUAGCCACCAAUGUAUAAAUACAUUAGCAUAUUGUAUGUUUCAGUUGUUUAUUUUCAGUUGUUUUCCAGCUGUUUGCUACCUAACUAGAUGCACAGGCUAUCUAAGUAAAGUUAGCGUGUGUUGAAGGAUGUCGCUCAUGCAGUGCUAGUUUUUCAGAGAGGAAGUCAAUAAUAUGUGCAGUUUGACGUUUCUGUGAACGUGUAAAGAGGGAGGUUUUACAUCAAAUCACAGCAAUGAUGCCUACGAAUAAAUGAGUGCACUGGCAGGUUAAUGAUAUUAUGCAUUUAUGCUCGAAAACAAUGUUGAAAUAAAACC